AUGAACGCUGACGCUAUAGAGAAUAAAGAACGAAUCAACCCAGUUUCAGUUACAACAAAUACAAGUCAUAGCACUAGUGAAAUUAAAAACUCAAACUGGUAUUUUUCUUCCGAUACGGAUAAUAGUAAUAAUAAUUAUUAUUAUGGGAUGAGAUCUAUGGAAUAUCUGUCUAAACGUUCUUUAGAAGAGAAUUAUAAAGAAAGCCCUAAAAGACAAAAUAUAUCUGAUAAGAAUUGGCAGCACUUAUCAAAUCUGUACCAGAAGAGGCUGGAAUAUUAUAAUUCCCAGGCAAAAAGAUAUCAUAGAUUCUAUUUGCGUCGAAGAGCAUGUGGUUUCUUACCCUAUCGUGAAAAUUCUGAAAAUGUUCAUGAUUACCCAAUAUGUAGAACUGAGAGUUUACCGAGAAUAAUUGUCAUCCCUGACAUUAAAGGUCAAUCAAAAAUUCCAAGUGGGCCACGACCAAACCCUAAUAUUCCUUAUAGAUCAGUGGUUAAAACUCCGGGCUCAAGAGGUAAAUUCCAAGAAAAAAGAGUAAAAUUUAGCAACGUGAUCCUUAAACACACGUAUUGA